GCGGGUCACGUGUCCCCCGAGCGCUUCCGGGGCGCGAUGGGGCCGGGGGUGGCGCGCUCCCUCCGUCGGGUCUUUGCCGGCGCCCGGCGCUGCCUGCACGGGACGGUCCCGGCCUGCGCCCCCCCCCUCAUCCCCAUCGUGGUGGAGCAGACGGGCCGGGGGGAGCGAGCCUACGACAUCUACUCGCGGCUGCUGCGGGAGCGCAUCGUGUGCGUGAUGGGCCCGAUCGAUGACAGCCUGGCCAGCCUGGUGAUCGCCCAGCUGCUGUUCCUGCAGUCCGAGAGCAACAAGAAACCCAUCCACAUGUACAUCAACAGCCCCGGGGGCUCGGUGACCUCGGGGCUGGCCAUCUACGACACGAUGCAGUACGUGCUGACCCCGGUGUGCACGUGGUGCGUGGGGCAGGCGGCCAGCAUGGGCUCGCUGCUGCUGGCGGCCGGCGCGCCCGGCAUGCGCCACGCGCUGCCCAACGCCCGCAUCAUGGUGCACCAGCCCUCGGGGGGGGCCCGGGGCCAGGCCACCGACAUCGCCAUCCAGGCCGAGGAGAUCCUGCAGCUGAAGCGCCAGAUCAACGGGCUCUACGCCAAGCACACGGGGCAGCCGCUGCCCGUCAUCGAAGCCGCCAUGGAGCGGGACCGGUACCUGAGCCCGGUGGAGGCGCAGGAAUUCGGGCUCCUGGACCAGGUGCUGGUGCAUCCCCCGCCCCGCGGCGAGGACGAGCCCCGGCUGGUGCAGAAGGAGCCCCCCAACAGCCCCUCUGCGCCCCCCCAAGUCCCCCCCGUGUCCUGAGGCUGCUCCUGGCAGUGUUGGGGCACGUUUUUAGAGUGAGGGAGCUCUGGGAGCCGUGUUCCUGUGUGGAAAUAAAGGGCUGUGGA